GGGAUUACUUUAUUGUGGCAGCAGCUCCGACCACACAGGAAGAAGACCAGAUGAUCUCCUGGUGAAUCUGCUUCCAGCUUCAUUGGACGAGCUCCUCCAGUUUUCUGCUGCAUCUGGAAGAAAACAAACAUCUGCUCAUUUACCAGCUUCAUCUCAGCUCUGACGGACGGUAUGGAAGGUGUCCCUCUGAAGACGCCUCAGGCUGCUGUCCUACAGGAAGUGGAAGAUGACAUCAGUGUUACCGUGCCUGAUUACCUGAACAUGCUGCGGAAGACAGAGUAUGAAUUCAGCCUGGAGAACUGGGUGCUAACUGGGCUACAGAAUGGUUUCAGCAACCAGCACCGGCCUCAGCCCCCUUCAUCUUCAUUGGGACUUUUGCCUUCUUGUCCACCAUACUGGAUGAUGUUCAGCAGUCCACAGCAGAGCCGCUUGGCCAGCCGCCACAGCUCUGACUUCUGGGAGCCCAACCCUCGCCAGCGCUCCCACAGCCUCAACCCUGCUGUCCUGCGCACCAAGUUCACCAUCCCAGACUCUGAUGAUGAAGGAGAGCAUCCUGCGCAGGAGGCCAAGCCAAGUGCGCCGGUGACAGCCAGUAUGGGGGAAGCACGAUCCAGUUCUCAGCGGAAGCCACAGAAAGCCUUUGUUCCUGACCUGCUCAACCCUCCAUCCUGUCUGAGCAGCCUGCCACAUCAGCGCAGGAAGAACCUGCGUCAGUGUUCGCUCUCAGGGAUGGACACGUCCACACAGUCCAACACAGAGGGACGGUCCCAGAGCCCAUCCUCCCACAGAGCCCCCAACAUCAGAGCCAACACGGUGGACACCACCAUGACCGACCGAUACGCAGCACAUGCAAUGCAUCACAGACCAGACCCUUGUGGAAAUCCCCCCACUCCCCAACGCCCCCGUGGUCUUUCCUCUACUUUGGACUCAUCAACAGAACUCCUGUCAGCGCUAAGCCCAGAGGAGAGGGACCUGCUUGGGGCCAUCACGGCUCGUGGCUACCCGCUCCGUACUGCCAUCAUCGCCUUGCAGAGGAUGGGCCAGCAGACCCCGGAUCAGGUCUUGAGUUACUUGGUGGCUUGUGAACACCUGUGCCAGCUGGGUCAUGACAUGGCUCAGGUGGAAGAAGCUCUGGAGAUGUUUCAGAACUGUGAAACGAAGGCGGAGGAGUUCCUUCACCUGCUGACUCAGUUCCACGAGAUGGGCUUCCAGAAGAACGCCAUCAAAGAGGUGCUUCUGGUGCACGAAAACCACCGCGAGCGUGCGCUGGAGGAGCUGAUGAUGCGCGUGGCCUGAGGCCGAACCGCCGCUGAUGUUGGCUGUAUGUCACGCUGCGGCUGGCAGGACAGAUCAGUGCUCUGUUCAUGGAUGUUUUAUUCAUUUGUCUAAUAAAAGUCUUUAUUACA